UUCGAAACACAAUUGAGAUGAUAUUAAUGUUUUUUUUUUUUUCUACAAAAUUACAUUUCCUUUUUUAAAUUUCAUUAAACGUUCAAUAUAAAAAUGACCUCGAGUUUAAAUUAAUGAAUAAAUCUGUAGUAGUGAGAAUUAAGUUCAACCAAGUCAUGUGCAGUAUCGUUAAAUAUGUGCAACUUACAAAACGUUAUCAAACCACACAUUGCAACUACUAUUAUGCAAUCUAAAAAUAAAAAAUAUUCUACAAUAUAAAACCAACAACCUAUAUUAUUUACAAAAGAAAAAAAAUGAAUAAAUAUUUAUAAAUAAAAAUAGAAAAAAAAUAAAAAUAGAAUAGUGUCUUACAAUCAAAACAAUUUAAUUAAAAUUAUUUUUUUAAAACAUAAAAAUCAAUAAUAAGUCAUUAGUCAUUACUGACCUUAAAAAAAUAAUAAAAAAUUUAUUGAUUCAUCACCAAAAAAUAAAAAAAUACUCAGUUUAAAAAUUAAUAUAAAAAUAAACCUUGACAAUUUUUAUUUUAAAAAAAUAAGUCGGAUUUCCUAGUUAUAAUAUUAAUAAUAAUAAAAAUUUUAAAUAACACGUGCUGUAUGAUAAAAUUUCCCUUUCCAUUCUCGAAAUUUGUUUCUCUUUCAAGCGUUAGAGUUUGUCUUUUUCUAUCAGUGUCAAUAAGUGGUUUAUACUGCGGACAAAGUAAACGUAACUUUGGUCAGUCUGUUGAUAAAUCUUGGAUUGAAGAGACAUGCGAGUCAAUAAAAACGACAAACGCAAAUACACAAUCAAUUGUCACUUAUCCAGUAUUGAUCAAUCACAGACUCAUAAUUAUUGUUUGUAGUAUUUUUUAUCUUUUUUUUUUUUUUUAUCAAACUUUAUCUACAUUUUUACUAUUUAAAUAAUUUAUUUAACAUUUAAACUAUCAAUUAGAUUAUUUUUUUGUAAUUUUUAUUAGUCAUUUAAAUUUAUAAAUCAUGUCAGACGUUCUUGAUAUAAUUGAUAAUUUAUCAGAGGUACCAAAAAUGUAUUAUGGUGCACUAUUUGGUGUUGGAUUUGUUCUAUAUUAUCUCAUCGAAGUUGUCAAGGCACCACAACUUGUUUGUGGUGAUGGACCAUUUCGUACAUUUAUUGAGGAACAUGUUGAUCUUGUUAAAAAUAAAUUUUGGCCAACACUAUGGUGUUUUGAAUCAAGAGCACAAACUGUUCUUGCAAGUGUUUUAAGAUCAACAAUGAUGCCAGAUAUUCACUAUCGAAGGGAAAUAUUAACUUUGAAAGAUGGAGGUGAAGUUGCACUAGAUUGGUCUGAUGAAAAUUUAUUAGAAAAUUCACCAAUUGUUCUUAUUUUGCCUGGUUUAACUGGUGGUAGCCAAGCUGAAUAUGUCAAGUGUCUUGUAUCAUCAGCUAAAAAAAUUGGAAUUAAAUGUGUUAUAUUUAAUAAUCGUGGUCUUGGUGGUGUUACAUUAAAGACACCAAGACUUUAUUGUGCAGCAAAUUGUGAUGAUUUAGCUGAAGUAUUAAGUCAUAUUAGAAAGCUAAAUCCAAAUUCACCAUUAUCAGCAACUGGAAUUUCCAUGGGAGGAAUGAUUCUUGGUAAUUAUUUGGCACAACAAGGUGCAUCAGCUGUUGGAAAAAUUAAAUCAGCACUUAUUAUAUCAGCACCAUGGAAUGUAUUUGAAGCAACAAAAAGUAUAGAAAAACCAGGUUUAAAUUUAAUGCUAAACAAACAUCUUGCUGAUGGUUUACGUAAAAAUUUAAUAAAUGUUAAUCAUUCAAAUCGUAAUCAUUGGUUUGAUCUUGACAUUGAUACUGUAUUAAAAAGUCGAACUAUUCGUGAAUUUGAUGCAAAUUUUACAGCAUCACAUUUUGGCUAUAAAGAUGUUGAUGAUUAUUAUGAAAAUGCAACACUUCAUAAUAAAUUACAUUUUAUUCAAGUUCCUACAUUGUGUCUAAGUGCUGCUGAUGAUCCAUUUCAGCCAUUUGAAGCAAUACCAUUGAAAGAAGCAAGUAAAUUAAAAAAUGUUGCUUUUGUUGUGACAAAACGUGGUGGUCAUAUUGGUUUUCUUGAAGGUUUUUGGCCAAUAAAACAAGAACAAUAUAUUGGAAAAUUAUUUUCACAAUUUUUUAAAGCUGUUUUUAUGAAAGAAUUAAAUAAUCAUGUUUCUACAUAACAAAACGAAAAUCGAAAUCAUAAUAGUACUAUUAAUUUUAAAUUUUUU